UCCCAAUCUGGCAACACUGGCUGCAGUGCCUGCCCCGUUGUAAUUUAUUAGACCAGACGGCUAAGCCACGAGUCUCUACGCGUUGAAGAUAUUCGAUUCGUUAAAGGAAAUAAAAAAAAAGGAAGGCGAAUGUUUCUGAUUUAAUUAAUGUUCGUCGUCGUCAUGGCGUUAGUUUGUCGCUAGGCUGAAGAUCUGAACUCUCUACUAAUAAGGUGUAUCUGACAUCACGCAGAUGUGGCCCUUAUCUCUAAUGAGACUAUUGUAUAUGAAAGCUCGGAGUGGUUUGAUUGACAGGCUGCCUCCUGGUUUAGAGGGAUGACGGUGAGAUCCGAAAUGGAGACAGGAGAGACGGAGCCCUUUAAAAGCCAUGAUCAGUUAGUUUAGAAACUCCAAACUUCUUCUACACACCUCAGGCAAAAGAGAAACCUAUAUUUUGAAUAAAACAAACGUGUUUUUGUAUUGUAUAGUGUACCCCGCGAUAAGCUACUUACACAAACAGCAGGAUGAGUUCUGAAGGCUUUCAGUACCGAGCACUUUACGACUAUAAGAAGGAGCGGGAGGAGGACAUUGAGCUCCGCGUUGGGGACAUGCUGGUGGUCAGUAAGGGGGCCCUCCUGGCCCUGGGGUGCCCCGUUGGCACUGAAGAGAGGCCCUCUGAGAUCGGCUGGCUGCCAGGGUUCAACGAGACUACACAGGAGAAGGGAGAUUUCCCGGGAACCUAUGUGGCCUUUGUAGGCAGGAAGAGAAUGUCCCCACCCACUCCCAAGCCCCGCCCACCCAGACCGCCCUCUGCUGCUUCGUCCAGGGGGGACUCGGAAUGUGAGGUGGGCUGUGUGUUACCAGACCUGCCAGACCAGUUCAGUCCUCCAGAAACGGCCCCUCUGCUCCUCAGCAAACUCAUGGACGCCCUUGAGAGUAAAGGUGUGGAGAGCCCCGGUCUGUACCAGAGCUUCACCGGAGGCAGUCUGGACACCAAGCAGCUGGCUGAAACAGACCCUGAGCAAUUGGAGGUGGCAUCUCUCUGUGACGGGGUGGUGCGGUUCUUUCAGGAGCUCCCGGGGCCUGUGGUCCCCCCGGCCUUGCAGAUGGAGAUGGUCAACGCUGUGAAAGAGGUGAAGGAGUUGGAGGACUGUGCCCAGGUGCUGCGAGGGGUGACCAGCUCCCCGGCCUGUCCCGCCCAGCACGGACUCACCCUCCUCAGCCUGGUGCGUCACCUUGCCAGGCUGUGUCUCCAGAGCGCCAGGAACCAGCUCAGCCCCAGAAGCCUGGCGGAGGGCUUCAGCCCCCUGCUGUUCAGGACCUCCUCCGCCGCUACUUGCUCUGAGGCUCCGGACGCGCUGGUCCAGGCUCUUGAGGUCCUGAUCACCAGCGAACUCAACAUGAACCAAGCAGCUCCAGCCCUGCCGCCCAAACCAGCAAAGCCGCUGACCCCAGUCCCCAGCAUCUUCAACAACAGCACGGCCCUCCAGGACUCAGAGUGGUACUGGGGGGACAUCUCCAGGGAGGAGGUCAAUGAGAAGCUGAGGGACACGGCUGACGGGACGUUUCUGGUCCGCGACGCCUCCACCAAGAUGCAUGGAGACUACACCCUAACCCUCAGGAAAGGAGGCAAUAACAAGCUGAUCAAAAUCUUCCAUCGGGACGGAAAGUACGGCUUCUCAGACCCGCUGACCUUCAGCUCGGUGGUGGAGCUGAUCAACCACUACCGCCACGAGUCCCUGGCCCAGUACAACCCCAAGCUGGACGUCAAGCUGCUUUACCCCGUCUCCAAGCACCAGCAGGACCAGGUGGUGAAGGAGGACAGCAUCGAGGCCGUGGGCAAGAAGCUGCACGAGUACCACCUGCAGUACCAGGAGAAGAACCGAGAGUACGACCGGCUGUACGAGGAGUACACCCGCACCUCACAGGAGAUCCAGAUGAAGAGAACGGCCAUCGAAGCCUUCAACGAGACCAUCAAGAUCUUUGAGGAGCAGUGUCAGACGCAGGAGCGCUUCAGCAAGGAGUACAUCGAGAGGUUCCGGCGUGAGGGCAACGACAAGGAGAUCCAGAGGAUCAUGGGGAACUAUGACAAGUUGAAGUCCCGGAUAAGUGAGAUUGUGGACAGCAAGCGCCACCUGGAGGUGGAGCUGAAGAAGCAGGCGGCCGACUACAGGGAGAUCGACAAGAAGAUGAACAGCAUCAAGCCGGAUCUGAUCCAGCUCCGCAAAACGAGAGAUCAGUACCUGAUGUGGCUGACUCAGAAGGGUGUGAGACAGAGGAAGUUAAACGAAUGGCUUGGCCUGAAGAACGACACAACGGAGGAUGAGUACAGCAUGCUGGAGGACGAGGAUGACCUGCCUCACCAUGAUGAGUGUCUGUGGCGCCUGGGCAACAUCAACCGCAUCCAGGCGGAGACUCUGCUGCGCGGCAAGAGGGACGGGACCUUCCUGGUCCGUGACAGCAGCAAGCCGGGCUGCUACGCCUGCUCUGUGGUGGUGGAGGGAGAGGUGAAACACUGUGUGAUCAACAAGACCCAUACAGGCUACGGCUUCGCCGAGCCCUACAACCUCUACGCCUCCCUCAAGGAGCUGGUCCUCCACUACCAGCACGCCUCCCUGGUCCAGCACAACGACUCGCUCAACGUCACGCUGUCCUACCCCGUGUACGGGCCGCAGAGGCGCUAGGACGCCGCCGUCAGGAGAAAGGAAAACCCACCGACCACAGCCUUCCCCCUACAGCACAGCUCUGUGUGUGUGUGUGUGUGUUUGUGUGUGUGUUGGGACUGUAUGGAGAAAGGUGGCCGAUGGACAAUUGCGUAUGUGUGUCAGAGAGAGAGAGCGAGAGAAAGAGAGAGACUUAACCACUGUGAUUCUGAAGGUCCCUCAUCCUUUCUGAUAUCCCUUAACGCCCCAGUAGAUGUCAAACAGAAUCGGAAUGGCGGUGUGUUCCCAUUGGCUGUCCAACGGCGGUGGAACACGCCCAUUCAUAGUGAGGAUACCGAGCCUUUAAGUACCGUUUGGAGCUCUCUUGUAGUAAGGCAGAUAUCUGCUGCUGCUGCUGCUUUCCAUAAGCACCAAGAGAUGCCCGGUUGGCAUGCCAACCUCCCUGGUCUAUACAGAGGAGAGCAGGCGGUCGGUAGUGAGGUCUUUGUACCCUCAGUUUUCAGAUGUGGAUUUAGUUAGCGCAACGAAUGGCUUGUUGGUUAGCUGUCACUGUCUGGGUCCGUCAGCAGGACGCCUUGAUCAGGUCUGAGCUAGACUGUGUGUACACACAGGACUUUACCCUAGAGACCGAAGACGUAGGAUUUAGGUGAAUUGAAAUGCAGACGAGGACUGGUACUAUAAACGGGCAGCAGCAUUCGGAGAAAGGAGGCAUACCAUCACAGAGGUGCUGGGGCCGAGUCUGCUUCGUCUGAUGAAUAAGGUCAAAUCGCUGCCGUGCUUAACUGUCACAUUUUGCUUUGCUGUGAUUUAAUAUUUUCUGUUUGGUAGUGAAGUUAAAACACGUGCAAUCUGAAAGGAGAGGAGACGAGAUGCAUUUGUACCAUUCCCUGGCCCCCUGAAUGUGCGGUCCCGGCGUUCUGUGGUCAGCGGGGCCUGGCUGCCACUGCCAUGGGAUUGGCUUCUCAGAUGUUAGUUUUUUGUAUGUUUUACUUUAGGAGAUUUUCAUCAAUAACUCUGAUGUCAAACCGUUGGGUUGUAAGUUUUAAGCAAAAAAAAUGACAUUGUUCUUACAGUGCAGACUUUAAUCCCUUAUUUCAGUAAUGCAUCGAUGCGAUUUAUCCAUUGUCAAGUAAAACCUCAACGUCAGCGUUGGGGAGACAUUCCCUUUGCAGCAUGUUUCUCAUGGUUUCCAGUAUAAACUUUGUUUUGUCUUUACAUAAUGUUUCAUUUCUGAUGUAAUGAGACCUGAUUAUUCAAAGGACAGCGAGGCGCUAGAGAGCCCGCUCCAAUGCUCAGUGUUUAUUUUUUUUGUUUUCAUUCCGUAAAUUGUAUUUUCUGUAUCAGAAAUUCUGCUAGCUGAUGUCGCUUUUUUUUUCUUCUGGUUGAAACUAGUUUUAGGUAUGUGAUGUCACAGAACAAUGAAACACCAGUCUUAGUUUGUAUUUGUUACUACUGUUCUGUCCAGCCACAUUCAAACCAUAGAGCUAAAUAAAGAGUCAAAGUAAA